AUGGAGAUCAAAAGCAAGUCAAGAGCAAAGUUCAUUCUCGCUCUUUUAUCAAUUUUAACUUUGAAUACAAACACAUUUGUAGCAGCUGAACAAAAUCAAUGGGUGAAUCUAAUUUAUUAAGCCAUGCUCUCAAAUCCCUACAAAGGAACUUAGAAAGUUAGUUUAGCUUAAAGUGCAACAGACUUAGAGGAAUUAUUUAUUAAAGGAAGAUUUGAAGUUGAGGGUGCACUUUAAAUAGGUAUGUGGGACGAACCAUCUUACUCUUAUGAAAUCUAUCAGGGUGAUGUACAUGAUGCCAAAAUUCAAGCCGAGCUGUACCUUGAAUUGAAGUUUGACAUUGUCUUAUUAAACUUUUACAACAUUAAGACUACUCAUAAGUUAGAUUUGGCUAGAGCUGGUCUUGGCUAUGAACAUUACAUCAGCUAUGAAAAUAUAGAGUCUUGUGGACUUUUUUAUUAUAAUGCUGAACUAGUUACAAUUCAUAAUAGACUAACAACAAACAUAAAGACAUGCAAAUUAGAUUCAGAUGUAAUGAUGCACCCAACACCCAGAGCAAUUUGGAAUAAGAUGAAAUGCUAAUAUGACCCAGAUUUCAAAAGCAAUGCAGAUCUAUAGGAAUUCAAAACUUGGACUCCCCUUCCCUAAUAUUACUACAAGGAAUAUCCACUAAGUGGUUGCACAUUCUGA